AUGUUUAAGAUCAAAGACUUUCAAGGGAUGCAAUACCCCCGCAAUGGCAGCUCCCAGGACUACUCGUACUUCAAUGAGCAAUACGCUACCUCAACCUAUCAGAAGGACCAUGAUAUGAACCCGGCCCUUAUUGUCCAGCCGAAAGAGGAUGAGGAUGUCAUCAGGGCUGUCAAUUGGGCUAGGGACAACAAAGUCGCCAUUGCCAUCAAGAGCGGCGGACAUCAGUACAGUGGUGCUUCUUCAACUGGCGGUAACAACAUCCAAGUCGACCUCACCAACACAUAUAAGGAUAUGAUGAUCUUGGAGGCCGAUGGGGUCCCUGAGGACCGAGCUUUGGUCUAUGCUGGUGUCAGUAACCAACUUCAAGAUUUCCUUGCAUAUCUUCGACAUAACGGCCUUUUUGUCCCCACUGGACAAUGCGCCUAUGUGUGCGUGGGUGGCCAUGGCCAAACUGGUGGCUAUGGCCAGCUCGGACGCAGUUUCGGCCUUUUCGGCGAUCAUAUCAGAGCAAUCCGCAUGGUAGAUCACGGCGGGGUUAUCCAAACCAUCACCAAGGAGAGCAAUCCGGAGUUAUUCUACUCUAUCCUCGGCGGCAGUCCGGGAAACUUCGGCAUCAUCACACACUACACUGUCGAAGUGUACCAAGGCAAGAGCUUCGUAGGAAGCAUUGCAGGUCCAAAUGGGUUCAAGGGUCCCCAUGGCAUGAAAGGCCUUUGGAUAUACAAACGAGAUGUCCUCACGAAUCUCCUCAGCAUCCUGGCAAAGAUGUCUGAUGACGGCAAUGCGCCAAGGGGAUUCGACCUGUGUGUCAGCGUCCUGAGCAUGGACUUUCCCGUCACGAUGUUGUUCCCUUCUUUGAAGAAUGACACACUGUGGCAGAAAAUUCAGAACAAGAUCAAGUCAGCUCUUGCUGAUGACGUCCUCGAUCUGCUUAACGGAAAAUUCCCCGCAGCCAUCGUUCUCUAUGCACAAUGGUGCCCAACAAGCACGAGUGACAAGUACGACACCAGUGUCGACAAUUGGUUUCAGCAAUUCCGCAAUCUCGACAGCCUCUGGAAGGAUCACACUCUAUUGCUCAAUGAGUUCGAUCAAGACAUGUCCCAGAUGACCGCGAACUGGGUCUUUCCUAAGAAGCGGGAGUUUGAUCUUCCAUAUGUCAAGCGUACAUAUGCUACUCAAUCGACAACACUCGACAAGGACGGGUGGGCAAAGGCGGUAGUUGAUCGCCUUGAUCUAGUCUACAACCCUCGCCAAAAGUUGGACAAUAGUCAAGGGGAUGCGGAAUAUGAGGUCUAUGACCAUUGCAAGUUGUCUGUCCAGAUCCAGUACUUCGGGGGUGUCAAUUCCCGUUUCUAUCAGAAUAGAAACAACGGAACUUCUUACAGCUGGCGAGACUCGACAGUUGUGCAGACAUUGGAUUGCUUCCACGACCCCGGAUCCAAGUACGAAUACUAUGCAAACGGCUGGCAGCAUGCAAAUGACGCCUUGAUGAUUGGCCCCUCGAGUCCUUUCAGCAAGCAAGAUAGGCGUCUGCUCUGGGGAUCAUGGGGUAAUUGGGACUUGGGAGAUCCCAAUAUCUGGAGGGCGUAUUAUGAGGAUGCGAGCAAGUACCAGAGGCUCGGUCGAGCAAGAGCCAAGGCUGAUCCAAACGGUACCUUCACCCCCAACGUGUUCUCUGUCACUCCAGCCCUGGACAACUGA